CAUCACCAACGCAGCCAACGACGACCACCCCCCACCGCCGCCAUGUCUGCACUCCCCCGGUCAAUUGGCUCCCGCCUGUUCGCCCCCGCCCUGCGCUCCUCAGCGACGCGCUCGCUGGCCCCCGCCUACCGCACAUACUCGACCAACGAGGACACUCCCCACCAGCACAAGACAUCCACCGAGGAUGCGCCCGCCGUCCCCCUCAAGAGCGACUCGACCCAGAUCAGGCGAGAAAGUGCUGCCGAGGGCAUGAGGCACGCUCCGGACUACACUGUUGCUGUCGACUACAGGACCUCCAACUUCUCUCCCAUCCCCAAGCGCGUCAUGGAUGGCAGCGAGCCUGGUGAAGUUGUACCUGCAGCCGUUCUUUCCGGCGCGCCUGUCGAUCUCCAGGCCCGUCAGGUUCGCAUCUACAAGCCUGCAAAGACCGCCACACAGUCAGGAAGCUGGACAUCGGACCACUGGCUCAUGGACUGGGACGUGCUCGCCAAGGGCCACCGAUGGGAGAACCCUCUCAUGGGCUGGGCUUCAUCUGCCGAUUUCAUGAACGGCCAGCGAAUCGAGUUCAAGUCUAAGCAGGACGCCAUCAACUUUGCCACCAAGCAGGGCUAUGAGUACUUUGUCCAGGAACCCAACGUCCGCAAAUUUGUCCCCAAGGCGUACGCUAACAACUUCGUACACGUCCCCGGAAAGUUGAAGCAGGUCAGGACAAAGUAAAGAAGUGUGGUAUCAUGUGUAAAUACUGGCUCAAGUCACUUUCGUUUGUUUUUUCGUGGUUUGAGAGUAGGUCCUCGCGUGACCUUAUUGUUGUGCAAACGAGGUUGAUCUUAAGAUGCUAAGAAUAAAGCAACCCACGCAUUGAAGAGGCCCG